CACGUUCCCCACAAAGAAAAGAUCGUUCUAUUAGAUUUAGUUGUUAGUCAAUGCGGCAAGCAAGGUCGGAUUGCUAGGAAAGAGGUAAAUUAUUCACCACGCAGCAAAUAUAAAUCUUUUAUUCUAUCUGUGGAAAAAAAUCCAAUAUUACAAAGGACAAACUUUAAUCAAUAAAAGGUAUAAAUAAAUUACGUCUAAAUCAUAAGUUAAAGUGUUUUUAUCUCCUGCUGUUAUUGACCACGGAACACCUGAGAAUGAUAUUAAUAAUUUGCAAGGCGGCUUUUCAUUGGUCGAUCGAUUUGACCCGAACCUAAACCAUGUGCAUGAUUAUUCAAGUGUCACAGUGGGAUAACAAUAAACAUAGGCGAUUUUGAGAAAUUUAGAGCUUCGCAUCUACUAAAAUGAACUUAAACAAUUUGGAAUAUCAUUUUGAGAGCAAUUUGAGCACUUUGUGCGGUAUGAUUUCUACACGGAUUUUAUGCAAAGUGAACGCACUGUAUUUAAUUGAUUGUUUGGUAGGCUAGUCGGGUGAAAAUUAUGCAGACGAUUUUCGCUCGUUGCCGUUAGCAGGAUAAUUGUCUUUUCCAAAACAGUUUGAUGAUCCUGACCAUUGUAUGAGUCCACAAAACAAAGGAAACGACUUGGAGUGCAGUGAACGAGUGGUUAUCAAUGUCAGUGGACUCCGCUUCGAAACUCAACUCAAGACUUUGAACCAGUUUCCAGAAACUUUGCUUGGAAAUCCUCAAAAGAGAAAUCGAUAUUAUGACCCAUUACGGAACGAGUAUUUUUUUGACAGAAACAGACCUAGUUUCGAUGCUAUUCUUUACUAUUAUCAGAGUGGAGGAAGGUUAAGACGACCAGUCAAUGUUCCGCUGGAUGUGUUUUCGGAAGAAAUUAAAUUCUAUGACUUGGGAGAGGAAGCAAUAGAGAAAUAUCGUGAGGAUGAAGGAUUUAUCAAAGAAGAAGAAAAACCCCUUCCAGAAAAUGAAUUCCAAAGAAGAGUAUGGUUACUCUUUGAAUAUCCUGAAAGUUCAACUGCAGCUCGACUUAUAGCAAUUUUUUCAGUAAUAGUUAUUUUGUUGUCAAUUGUUAUAUUUUGUUUAGAGACAUUGCCUAGGUUCAAACAUUACAGAUUAGUGAAUGAAACAAAUUCAAAAGUAAAUACUACAGCUGCAUCAGUUGAAGAAGAUGAUAUUCCAAAGUUCAAUGAGCCAUUUUUUGUUAUUGAAACUUGUUGUAUUAUUUGGUUUACAUCAGAACUUUUAGUGCGUUAUGCUUCUUGUCCCCACAAGUUUCACUUUUUCAAAAAUAUUAUGAACCUUAUUGACAUUGUGGCAAUCAUUCCAUAUUUUAUCACCCUUGGCACAGUCAUUGCUGAUGAAAACAAAAGUAAUAACCAGGCGAUGUCAUUGGCAAUUCUAAGGGUCAUCCGAUUGGUGAGAGUGUUUCGAAUCUUCAAAUUAUCCAGACAUUCGAAAGGUCUCCAGAUUCUAGGUCAAACUCUCAAGGCUAGUAUGAGAGAGUUAGGACUGUUGAUAUUCUUUCUUAUCAUUGGAGUUAUUCUUUUUUCAAGUGCAGUGUACUUUGCAGAGCAAGAUGCUGAACAGACUCAUUUCAGAAGUAUCCCCGAUGCAUUUUGGUGGGCAGUUGUUACGAUGACAACUGUUGGCUAUGGUGAUAUGCGACCAAUUGGAUUCUGGGGGAAAUUGGUUGGAUCUCUCUGUGCCAUUGCUGGGGUAUUAACUAUUGCAUUGCCUGUGCCUGUCAUCGUUUCCAAUUUCAAUUACUUCUAUCACAGAGAGACAGAAAGUGAAGAUCGAACAUCAUACCAGCAUGUUCAGUCAUGUCCAAACUUCUCAGACAGCAAGAAAAAUUCAAUAGCAUCGUAUAGUGGCUCGGACAACAUCAUGGAAAUGGAGGAAGGGAGUAGCUUUAAUCUGAACUGUGACCGAAGCAAAGAAAACCAUACUAACCAGACAAAUAAUCCUUCUAGCAUAAAUAAUCUGAGCAUUGAAACAGAUGUAUGACACCAAUGUUGAACAGUCCCUUUUUAUGUAUCAAAAAGUUUUUUUGUUCCCACACACAAAGUAGAAUUAUACUGACACAGUGUUUAAUAAGAACAUCAAUCAACAAUCAGUAUUCAACAUCAUAGAAUAAAUAGAUAUCAUUUAUUUGUUUCAACCAAUGCACAAGGUUUUUUUGGAUUACAGCCUAAGCAAUUUGAAGUUCUUUAUAGUGAUGUGAAAUUUUCUCUUCCUACAACUGAGGCCGUUUUCUGUGACCAAAUACAUUUUGAUGUUUACUGUUUUUCCCUGUGAAUGAAAAUUAUUGAUUCCAGUGUGAAAUCUCAAAAGAGAAAGUGUGUGGUGUCCUUAUGUUGGAUUUUACCGUGUCCCUGCAUAAUUACAGGUAUGAAUUGCCUGUACUGAAUUUUAUUUCACUGUAGUCAUCCAAAGUGUUUUAUUUGACUAUUAAAAAAGCUUUUAUUGUAACAUUUAACUGUUUAGUUCAAAAUCUUUAUUGCUCAAUUAUUGAAGACCAUAUGUGCUUAUUGGGAAACACUUUGUCUGGUUACGGGAAUUUAAACUUAUCUUGGAAUAAGCAUCCUCUCAGGUGAACAGCCAGAAAGAAAGAUGAUGAUGGAGACAACAAAUAGAAGAGUAGAGCAAAAAGGGAACCUCCACCCCAAACCAGUUACAGAGACAGCUCCAGAAAGCAAAGCGCUGAGGCAAUAACCAUUCGACAAACAAGACAGAGCAAUCAGCAGGAUUUUCGUGCAAGUUUGAAGUAAGGGAAGCAACUUCUUUCAAUAUUCUGUGCUAAAGAAAAAGCCACAAAAGAGAUUUGCCAGUACAAUCUACUCACUCAGAACAACAUGUACAAGACUGCUGUGUUCCCAGAAAACACUCCUCUGAUCAUGGGAAUGAAUUGACACAGUUAAAACUAUGUACACAUACCAGAUUGUAUUAUGAGCAAAACACAUUCAAAAUACCUGUAUGGAAAUAAGCUAACAAUGGAAUUUUUUUUUAAAAUUGUGCAUGGAAAAUUACUUCAGAAUUUAAAUGCAAUCUAACCUAUUCAUAAAAAGCCUGUAAUUUUUUUUUUUUUUGAUUUUAAGUUUUUUGUUUUAAAUUUUCACAUUUAGGAAGAUUUAAUGGUAGGUUAAAGAUCAGCAAUGAUUUCAAGGAUUGUUUUGUUGUUAUGAAAUAGAAGUAACAAUUUUACAAUACAUGCAGGUUUUGAAGUCAUUUCAUAUCUCUAAAAUUGUACUCAGUGAUGUGAAUCAAUUUCAUCAUUAUUGAUUUUUUUUUUUAAAUCUGUAUUUCACACAUCAAUAGUGUUAAUGGUGAAAAUGGGUUAAUUGUAGAACUAUGUGCCCUUCAUAAUGUACAUAAGUCCUACAUUGUAUAUGUGAAAUAUUGACUUAAAUUUGUUUCCCAGAAAAUUCAACAAAAUCAUGUGUAUCAUGAAGAAGAACCUAUUGAUUUUCAUUAAGCUUAAUUCUUUUGAGUUUAUAAUUGUAGUUUUUAAAGUAAUUGGACUUGUAUUUAUAGCUGAAAUACUCAUCAUUAUACCUUCUCUUUUUUUUUUGUUUUUUUUUUCUUUUUUUUUUUAGCAGGUGGUUGUCAUAGUUUACAAUGUUUUUAGCCUACUAAUAUCAGUAUAUGGUUCACUAGCACAAAAUAAUCAUUCAUAUCAUAUACAAUUAAUUUAUCUUUCUUGUGCAUAGUUUUUUCUGCAUUUACACAUGGCAUUGCAUGGUUUUAGCUCAACUGGUCAGAGACCUGAAGAGCCUAAGCAUUAGAAAGGUGACUGUUGUCUAGAGAUUAACUGUCUGUCUGUUGAUAAUUAAUAACUUUUCAAAAUUCUACUCUUACAGUUUUGUGCCUUAUCAAUAAUGCUUUGAAGAUGAGUAGACGUUUCUAAAAUACAUGUACAUAUAUGUGGUUCUCUUUUUGAGAUUUUGAUUUAGAUGAAGAAGUACAUGUAGCUAUUGCAAAGUUUACUCUAAGUAAGGUAUAGUAAUAUUAUUGGAAUUUAUUUAAAUCAUUACAACUAUGUUUAUCGACUGAAUUAGAUAAAACUUGGUACACAUGUAAACUGAACCAAUUCUUACUCAUCGAUGUUGCCAUUGCUGCUAAGUUCCAAGUCCAGAUUCUGUUUUUAACAACGAUCAGUAGAGCUACAGUCGUAUCAGAGAUCUUCUGGUUUAAAGAUGUUUUGCUGUUACUUUAACUUAUAUUGAUAUUUCAAAGAUUUUUUUCUUUAAUCAAAGGAUCUUUUUAACAGAAUUUAUUGAAUCUCAUUUUUUUGUUAAUUUUUUUUUUAAUAUUGAAUCUCCCUUGCAAAUUAGGAACUUGUUAUUUGUGACUGAAAGGUAUAGUCAAAUGCUCAGAUUUUUUUAUUGUUGACCUAUUUCUUAACUUUAUGGUAGAAAAUUGAAUAAUAAGGAAUGCAUUUAUUAAUAACCCAGUCAUAUACUUGUAUAGCCUGGGUUGGAAAUGUUUACUUUUUUAAUAAAUCACAAAAAAAGCUUUGCAGUUUAUAAAGUGCAAACUUACCGAUACUAAUUCAGGCUGUAAUCAUACAAUUUUAGUAAAUUUUGAACUCGUACCUUAAAUAAUCAACAAUUAUUUUAAAUUAAAUUUUGGAUUUAUUUCUAGAUACAGCCUGUUGAACACAAAUUUUCUGAUGAAAACGGUAAAAUGUGGUGAUUAUAAAGUUUAUGCUGGGAAAGUUCUUUUCUGUUUGUUUUAUACUGUUAUAUUUUACGAAAUGUUAAGAUUUUAAAGAAUAAUGGCAUAAUAUCCUAUUUUAGUAUUAGAACUUGAAGUUUGUUUACUUGUUUUAUUAUUUUGGUGCAAUCAAUCAAUAGAAAUCCAGUAUUUUAUUUUGAUCAAUUUUUUUUAAGACGGUUGUUAAUUUAACAGCUGUGGAUAUAUGAAAUCCUCUCCAUUAUUUUGUCCUUUUUUUAAAUACUGAUUCUCAUGUUUACAACACUUGCUUUAUAAGUGUGAUACUAUUUUAAAAAAAAAAUGCUUUGAAAAUUCUUGCAUGACUUGGCAGUUUAUUAAGCCGGAUCAUCUUUUUUUCGAACUCAAAGGCAUUAAUUAGAAAUAUGCUCACUGGAAUGUAGAACAUGUUAUUAGUUUCCACUACCGCCCAUUUUUGCUUUUUUUUUUUAAAUUCUAAAUAUUUGUUAAAAUGAAUUUCAUUAUUACCAGGUACUCUUCAUUCAUAAAACCCAUCCACUCAGUUCCAUUAUAACAUGUUGCCUUCAUUCAGAAAGGAGCUGAAUCAGUUUCUAUAUUACUUCUCCAAUCAUGACAUAAAUUCAGGUACUGUUUUUUUUUUUUUCAAAGUCUAGUCCAGGUAUUCCAUUGAUCCUGUACAUUUAUACUCUGAUAGUUGGUAGAAUUAUUACAGUGUCUUUCAUUUGCAUCCUUUUUCCUGCAUCGUUAUUUUAGCACUCUUUUAUUACUAAUUUUUUUCCACAUCAUCUAACCUGUAUACAUGUAAUUGUACAUAUAUACAUUUGUAUUUCAUGUUCAUAGUAUUUUUUUUCCCCCUAAUGUUCAAUUUUACUGCGUUUUCUCAUAUGUGGAGAGGGCGCUUUCCAAAUGUCUACAAGUGGCAUUAUUUGUGUGUGCAUUACUGUCAUUUGUAAAAACUUCUUUGUGAUUUAGAAUAUAUACCCAGUAAUUACGGGUUGAGAUUAUCAAUUUUAUGUGUACAUGUUCAGAAGUAAGGUUUAGACUACAAAAGACCAUAAUUAUAUAUAUGCUGAAAUUAUAAGAUCUUUUAUCAGACAUCAUAAUUUUGCUGGAAAAAAGUAUGAAGGGCAGAUAACCAUACAUGUAUGAAUUUUUUUCAAAUCAUUCAAAUUAAGAAAAAUGGCUGCUCUUUGCAAUGCAAUUGAUCAAAAUGCAAUUCUCAUUGUGAAAGACCAGGGUACAUGUAAUAGUAUUUAUAGAGGGAGUACCUUACAUGUAUUAUACAAUUCCUCAAAGAUUAUAUCUUAAAUAUUAACUCAAAGCUACAGUUUACAAUAUGUAUACAUGUACAAACCAGGGAUUUAAGUUGUAUACGAUGUUAUUAUGCUCAUCAAGGACUGUAGAAUAGAGAAGUUUAGAAUAUGGUAUAUUAAAAUAGAGUAGAUAUUAAUAUACUAUGGUUAUACUCAGAAAUGUAAUCACUUUGUAUACAAGUGUAUUCUGCCUACAAUUACAUUGUAGUAUCUUAAAUCUCUCUAUUAAAAGCCUUUUUACUUGUAUGUAAGGAAUAUUCAACACUUAAAUGAAUGUGACAGAACUGUUUUUUCAAUUUCAUCACAUUUUAGGGUAGAAGUUGAAAAUGUGUACAUGUAUGGUCGUGGUGCAUGAAAUAGCCAUUUUUAAAGAACACUUUGAUUGAUAAUUAUCACCCUAGAUACAAAUCCAUUACAGAUUCCUGUUGUGUAUAGGUUAGAUUUUGUAAAUCUAACCCUGUGUUUAAACACCAAUUGAUGAUGAUCGAGGCCUGUUACGGAGAGUGUAAAUGUUUCACUUCUUAGGAGGGUGUUUUCUGUUAGAGCUCCUAUACUUUUAGUAGUGUUAUGGUAGAUCCAUAUGUUACGUUUUUUUAUACAUGUUAUAGAAAAAUCUUUUUUCAAAUUCCCUAAUUCUAGUGUAGAGAGUAUAUAUAUUAACCCAAAUCUUGCACCAUUUGUUAUAUCCAGUUCAGAAAUUAUACUUGGUGUAUAUGCUGUUUCUCUCCCCCUCCCCCCUCGAGUGCACCACCAAGUGUAGGUGUGCAGCCCCAGGGCCCGGCUCUUUUAGAGAUGUUUGUUAAUACUACAUGAAACUAAAGAAGAGCUGUUUUUUAUUCACUAUACAUAGUUUUUAGAACAGCUUGUCUUUUCACAGUUGCACUGGAAAAUUCCAUAUUUCCUUGUUGUUCCGGAGAAAAGUGUGGAUUUGGGGUUGUAAGCCACAUUUUAUAAGGCAAAAUCUGUGAUCGUUUGAUUCCAAUUUAGUGUUUUUGUACAUAACUUGUUGAAAUACAUGAGGAAUGCAUAUCCAACUGA